AUGCGCCGCGGCAUGACCUUUGAUGAUAAGCGCUAUGAUUUCAAAAGCACAUCCCCCAGUGUGACCUCGUUUCGUAAAUUUCAGCCGCUCACUGAGCUCCGUAGCUCAGGAAACGCAGAUCUCUGGAUAAGCAGGUGCUCAAAUGAUCCCGUUCCAUCAGUCAACGCCCAGCAGAUGAAUGAACUAACAUCGAUUCAUUCAGCGCACAAGCCAAGCCUCUUCAAGAGAAAUUGCGAGGAACUCUACGGCAACCGUGUCCUCCGCUGUCUGAUGAUCUCACCCACUGGCCGGCCAAUCUAUGACUACAAGUCACCCUUGGAGCUGCUCACAGCACUUCGCGAUGCUAUAAAGGCUCAGUCUCUUUACUUGGAUGGGAACAUCCUUGAUCGAGAUAAUUCAGAUAACAAUAUAAUAAUAAUUGAUCCGGACAAGGAGGAUGGUUACUCAGGCAUGCUAACUGAUCUGGCUCUAUCCAAAGAAGUUGGUAAUAAGCGAAGUGGCGCACGGCACCAGACCAGCAUGAUGGAGUUUAUGGCAAUUGAUGUGCUACUUAAUAUUGAUCAUACCUACCGGCAUGACCUCGAGUCGUUCUUCUACGUGCUUAUCUGGCAAUGUGCCCGUCACGGUUAG